GGAGAGUCGACGUAAAGUAGCAGCGACGAUGCUGCUGCUAGCCUUUCGUAGCUUCUUCUUCAUUGCCGUCAUCCUCGGCUACAGUACCGGCAUUUGGCGGCUGAUUAACGACUACUUCCGGCGCGAGUUCCAAACCUACCUCGAGGAGGAGUCGCAAACGAACAAGUACCUGUUGCGGGACCCGCCCAAACACGGACCACCGGAAGCAACCGAUAAUAAGCUUCCAGCGCCGAACCGGCUCGGUGGGCAGGCCGACCAUCAACAGGUGACAGAUUCGAUUAUGACACUUUUCGAGACCACCACCACCAGGGCAGCCGGCACUGACGCAGGUGCGAGUAUUUUUGCGAACGACGCGAACGGUGAACGGGAAACGCAGCGUCCGGGUGAGCUGGCGUUGCGAGUUGCGGCGGCAGCGGAAGUCACCGAUAUCCGGCCCCGGGAUGACAGGCAAGGAAACAAAAUGGAGUCCAAUCGUGGGACGGAGGGAGAGGAAGAGGAUAAGUGGAUUUCGUACUGGAGCAGGCGGGGCCGGAAGCCUGACGGUGGGUCCGUGGACAGCGCGGACGCUUACUGUACGAUUAACGCACUAGUAAAUAGCAAAACGGAUGAUGCCGCGACCAGAAACAAGCAGCGAAUAAUGCCGGAUGGGGAUGAUUUCGGUUGUCCCAACUGA